UUCAGAUUCAGUCGUUUGGUGGUACCGUCCGAUCUCGGUGUAGUUUGAUUUUUACGGCUACAAUUUUAAAUUUACAACUUGACAAAAUGGAAGAACGGACUUAUCCAAGUGUUUGUGAAAAAUACUCGUUGGACUUUUUUCACGAAUUCUUAUAACCAACGCUCACCCACAUCACGUUCCAGUAUUUAAUGCCCAAUCAGUUUAGUUUUUUACAUUGAUAUCCGAUUCGAAAAUGGUGCUAAACAAUUAUUAUGGAUCUUUCGGUUAUCCGGAAAAAUCCAGGGAAAAUAACAACAUAAAUCGGUCGACGGAGUAUCUGGUGCCGAUGGGUAACGUCGAGAGCGAGGCAACAAGGAGCGGGAAUCUCUUCAUUUUCGGUUUUUACAAAACAUCGAUAUACUUUUCUUUUUACGUUAUGUUGUAUUUGGUGUUUUUGACUAGUGGCGCUAUGAUAUUCAGCUUCUUGGAAAGACCCACGGAGGUGGCCCUAAGACUCAGAGUAGAAUCUGUCAAGCAGAAUUUUUUGAGAACUUAUCCUAGUAUUCCAGAUCAGGCGCUAGAAGACCUAAUAUCAGAGGUCGUCUCUGCAAGUAAUAGAGGUGUUUCUGCCACGAGAAAUGCUACUGGGGAGUCGAACUGGAGUUUCGGACAGUCGUUUUUCUUCACAAGUACUGUUGUGACCACCAUAGGAUACGGUCAUGUGACACCAUUGAGCAGAGCCGGUAAAAUAUUUUGCAUUAUUUAUGCCAUGAUCGGGAUACCGUUGACGCUGGUUUUACUAUCUGCUCUUGUGGCUAGACUUCUGGUUCCAACAAUUUGGCUGCUGCAAUGGUUAAAUUCCAGGUUGGGGCAUCUGUAUCAGCCUUUCAAUAUACGUUUGCUCCAUCUCGUCAUCAUGGUUAGUUUCCUAGUAGUGGCGUUCCUGCUGAUUCCAGCCGCAAUCUUCGCGAGAAUUGAACCAGAAUGGGAUUACAUGGACUCUCUGUAUUACUGUUUCAUAUCGCUGACCACGAUCGGUCUGGGAGAUUAUAUUCCAGGCGAUUCUCCGCAUCAGCCUUACAGACCCUUGUAUAAGAUAGCAACAACAGGAUUUUUAUACUUGGGAAUAACGUUCUUGAUGGUGACAUUGGCCGUUUUCUACGACAUACCCCAGCUCAAUCUCGGCUUUCUCUUCACGAGCAGCUCGGAAAAUUCGGAGAAAAAACCUCUGGCAGGGUCCGGCAUGAACAUGCAGUACGGCGGGGCGGGUAGCAACGUUUUACCGGAUCCGAACGAGGGCAGUCAUCGUCAGGUGGUGCGGGUAAGAUCGAGAAGGGCCGACAGUCCAAGUCCGGACGAACCGACCCCUAACAAAGACAUGAUCAUGCCCUGAUUCGGCAUCGAUGCCAGAAAAGACAUGAAAAGCUUUUUUCAGAAACUCCUUUCGAGUUCAUUUCAAUAACGCUGCAUCAAUCCAAACGGUUCAAGAAAUGAAUAUAGAAGAAUCAAUUCGCUUCUGGUAAUGAGCUGAUCUCCUCUAGAGGACAAUUUUCAACACAAGAUCAAUUAUUUGCGAAUGGUGACUACACCGAAGUUACGACUGUAAUAAAAAAAUUAUCAAAUUCCUAUAAGAAAUCCUCUUUUUCAUCAAUAUCUGUAUUCAUUUCAUAAUGAGCUCAGUGAAUAGUGGUAUACAACUUCACAAUAACAAAAUUAUAAAUCUUAUAUAGAAAAACCAAGUAUAUACAUACAUAUAACAAAAAUAUCUCAUGAGCGAGAUUUUCAGAUGCUGUGAACCUCUAUUUUUUUGUAUCGGAAAACGAACAUGUACUAUAUCUAUCAUUAUCGAUAUUAUAUCAUAUAUAUUAGAAUGAACAAUAUGAUCAGUUUAUUGUGAUUCAUUAUUUCAAACUGAAAUUAUUCUAAAUCGAUGUAUUUUAUUAUGUGAACCGAAUAAAGUUGUAAAAUACC